AUUAAUCGAAAUCUCAUCAUCACAUUCACAUCGCUUCAGGCAGAGCCCAGGCCAGACCUAGGGUUAGGGUUAGGUUUAGGGUUCUCUAGAGUCACCUAGAGAUCUUGGAGACGAGCUUGGGGUUCCGAUGGGCGACGCCGCCGGAUCUCUGUCGCCGGAGAGGGAGGACCAGUUCGAUCGGCUGCCGGAUGCCUUGCUGCUCGUCAUUCUCAAUCGGAUCGGCGAAGUGAAGUCUCUUGGCCGUUGCUGCAUCGUGUCCCGCCGCUUCCACGCUCUCGUCCCCCUCGUCGACUCCGUCGUUGUCCGCGUUGACUGCGUCAUCUCCGACGAACCUUCUCCUCCGCCGUCAACCUCCGACAAGCCGCGCGGCGUGCUCUCUCACUUUGCGCGUCUCGUACUCUCCGGCCUCGUCAAGCCUUGGCAAGCUCUCGGCCACAUCCUUGGCCCUCCAACCUCGUCGCCCUCCUCUUCCCCUCGUCGCUCAUCCGAACCGUCAUCUUCGUCCCCGGAGGUCUCCCACCAUUCUCCGGCCGAGGUCUUGAGAAAUUUCAAGGAGAUCCGUCGCCUACGGAUCGAGCUACCCGCUGGAGAGCUUGGCGUUGAGGAUGGCGUCCUUCUCAAGUGGAAGGCUGCCUUUGGCUCCACUCUCGACACCUGCGUCAUCCUCGGAGCCUCCUCUGUCUCCCCUACAAACCCUAACCCUAAUUCUUACCCCGAUAGCCUCUGCGCUGGCUCUUCUGAUGACUCCGGCAGCAUACCUGAGUCGUUCUAUACCAACGGUAGCCUUAAGCUCCGGGUUGUCUGGACGAUCAGCUCUCUAAUCGCAGCGUCUGCUAGGCACUACCUCUUGCAACCAAUCAUUGCAGAUCAUGAGACACUGGAGACUCUUGAUCUCACAGAUGCUGAUGGACAAGGGACACUGACGAUGGACAGAGCGCAGCUGCAGGAGCUGCGGGUGCGACCGGUGUCAGCCUCUGGGUCUUCUCAGAGGACACUGGUGCCAGCCCUUAACAUGAGAUUGUGGUAUGCCCCCCAUUUGGAUCUACCUGGUGGUCUUGUUCUUAAGGGUGCCACACUUGUUGCAAUCAGGCCUAGUGGAGUUGAGCAGCAGCCAAGGGAUAUUGGUGGGGGAUCUGAGGGGUUCUCUUGGGUUUCCGGCGUGUUUGAGGAGCCUUACAGAAGUGCAGCAAGGUUACUUGUCAAGAGGAGGACUUAUUGCCUUGAGAUGAACUCCUUCUGAUCUGCGACAAUUGCUCGUGCUAUUGCCACAGGGGAAUUGGAUGUUCUGGAUGAAUGAAGGGGAUGAAUGUCUCUCCACAAAGUGGCAACUGCUUCUUGCUGCAAUUGUAUUAGCAAGUUGUUUUGCAUGCCUGUUUUGGAAGUUCUGUGCUUCGAUGGUUUUAUAUGGGAUGAGAAUUAUGCUAGUUGUCUCACUGUUAUUGUACAUGUCAAAACUUUGGAACUUAUGAACCUGGUUCUUAAUUGAAUGUGUUAUAUAUGCUGCAGUUUUCCUGCUCCGGAAGCCCA